AAAGUUAAGAACUGAAUUAACAGGAAAAGGUUCUAUUACAAUUGACGAAGAAGAAAUCGAAGAAUUUGAUGCUGACAUCGAAGCCAAUGUAAAUAGAAUUGAAUCCGAUGUUGCAGAAACAGCCCAACAGGAAGGAGAUCGGCAAAUAAAUAAAUUUUUUAAAGUUUCGAAAAAAAAUCAA